GCACAGAGUUCAAGCCACCUGCCAUACACGGCUAAGAUCUGCAUCUUCAUUCGGUUACUCAUCGUGGAAGGGAAUCAAUUCUCGUGAACGACGAACGUGAGGGGCAAGUAUAUGUAUCACGUCGCUUCAGUCACCUCUCAGUGUCGAGGCAGGUCUCAAAGCAGUAAAAGUUGAUCAUGGGUCGUUUAGAUGGUAAAGUCGCUAUCGUUACAGGCGCCGCGUCUGGCUUUGGCCAAGGUAUCGCCGAGCAUUUCGCUGAAGAGGGCGCCAAAGUCCUCAUCUGUGACAUCAACGAAGAAGCAGGCCAAAAAGUAGCUGCGACGUCUGGCUCGUUCGAGUUUCAGACCAUGAACGUCACCAAAGCAGCGGAUUGGCAGAGCGCUGUCGAGAAAGCCGUUCAGCUUUGGGGUCAUCUUGACAUUCUGGUUAACAACGCUGGUACCAGCUACGAGAACAAGAGCACCAAUCUCGUCACUGAGGAAGAAUUCGACAAGGUAAUGAGCGUCAACGUCAAGAGCGUCUUCCUCGGCAGCAACGCCUUCACAGCUCAGGUCAAAAAGCAAGGCACAAAAGGCUCCAUGAUCAACAUCGCCUCCGUAGGCGCCCAUCGACCUCGCCCUGGGCUAGUAUGGUACAACGCAUCCAAGGGAGCAAUCACAAACGCGACCAUGGGUCUUGCAGCGGAAUAUGGCCCAGAUGGAAUACGCGUUAAUUCUAUUUGUCCAUUGGCGACUAUGACGGGUCUACUUCCUACGUUUAUUGGCAAGGAGAUCACGCCGGAGGUUCAGAAGGCGCUGGGGAAUGUUCCGCUUGGGAGGAUGGGGGAGAUUAGGGAUGUUACCAAGGCAGCGGUGUUUUUGGCGAGUGAGGAGGCUUCGUUUAUUACGGGCGUUAACCUUGAUGUUGAUGGGGGGAGGGCAAUCUAGUCAUUCUACUUGUCAUUUGAGAAAACAAUGCAGUGAAGCACAAUGAGCGUUGGCCAGCACGUCCCGCGCUGAAUGAGACAAGAGACAAGAGAGUGAAGAGACACUUAAAACCCUGGGAGCCCCCUAUGCACAUUGUCGAUCAAUUUGCCAGGGUCUGAUUCCUUUGGCUGUUGGUGACCAUGUGAAUGCUCGGCAUUAGUGCUGUAACCCUAGCGCUCGUCACAUUUGCCGCGUGUAGCUCCGAAAAUUGGGCGGGGACCAGCUGCUGAUGAACUGAUUGACGUGCCUGUGAAAGCGGCGAGAUUAAGCACCGACAUUCUAGGUUAGACGAUACGGCGCUGGGAAUUCCAAGGGAGAGGAAAGGGUUGCGGAAUCGUGUCUCGGCAUGAGAGCCUCAUCUAAGUUUGACGUUAUCCCUGACUCUUCUGAGCUUUGAUCACGUUUCGAACUAUGCAUGUGCUCAAUUGCGGUCAUGAGAACGCUUUGCAUAAUUCGUAGAGCAUGUGCUGAACGACCUACUGGCCCUUCAUUGCUAUAUAAAUGGUGUCCAUUUCUCACAAUCUCUCAGAUCUCUAUAGCAUGUGACAGACAUCCGCCAGCCUACUGCUUAGUCGCGAUGUACUGGCUACUAUUACUAGACGGAAUCUCAGUCGCAGCGUUACCGGGAGCCUUGUUGUCACCAUGAAUCUCGCCCAUCAACUGCCUAUCAAUCGCCGCGCGCUCUUCAUCUGUCGCAUCCGUGAUAUGCACAGCGACUUCAUCACCAAACUGCUUACCAAUCUCUUCCAGAGAUAGUCUAGCAGUCUCAGGCCAGAAGAAGUAAAUGGCGGGGAUGAAGAGAACACUCCAACAGAUGACGAGGAGGAAGUAUUUCCAGCCGACAGCAUUGAAGCCUAUGGGCGCUGUCUGCAGAAGGAUGAUGGUAGCUGGACGUGUCAGUGUGUUGCCUGUGGAUCAAGAUGAGGGUACAUACCAGCGAAUUGUCCAAACAGGGACCAUCCAAUACCAAUUGAUCGAAUCUCAGUUGGGAAGAUUUCUGAAACGUAGAGAUACAUGGUUGUGUUACAGAAGGUGCCUUGGAAGGCGAGAUACAGAAACAUAAACAGCACACCCAUGGCAUUACCUGCUUUGUUGUCUGUACCAGCGUACAGCGAUAUCAUGGCGCAGUAGAUGGAAGUGGUGAUGACGAUACCAAUGAAGCCAGUCAUGUACAUCUUGCGACGAGAGUUGACCUUGUCAUGUAGCCAAGCACCGCCAGGGUUGUAAAUCAGUCCAGCUGUAGUCAACCAGAGAGCCGACAGUAGAAGUGGCAUGUAUCCGGUCUGACCUAGACUGGUAUACAGGAUGACUGCGUAGUUGUUCUGGAUCAUGUUAGUCGCGAUACUAACAGACGAGGUUAGCACUUACGAUAAUGAGAGGACCUCCAAACUCUGCUCCCCAUUGCGUCAUGAAUCCAAUGAGCAUACGCUUGCGGUAGCUCUUCUUCUGGACCACAGCCCUCCAUGGAUUUCCCCCAUAAGCCUCAAGCUUCUUGGCAUCGAGUUCAAGCUGCUUCUCAAUCUGGUAGUACUCCUCUUUCGCAACCAGAUCUUCAGGGUCAUUGACCGACCUGCGAAGGCGAACGAGAACAGACCAUGCUUCUUCACGAUGACCCUUUGACAUGAGCCAUCUUGGUGAACGAGGGAUCCAAGGUGAACCAAGAAGCAAGACGAGUGGAGGGAAAACUUGGAAGGCUAAUGGGAAGCGCCAGCCAAACUCGAGAUUCUUCGAGAAAUAGACUGCGAAGCCAAUCCAAGAGGACAACAUGUAGCCAAAUACGAGAAAGAUGGCGUGAUGCCCGACGAGCCAGCCGCGUGCGAGGGGACUGGACAUCUCGGAGAGAUACAUCGGUGUCACGGUAGCCAUCAGACCAACACA